AUGCACAUCAGAAAUCUUCGAAACCAGCUUGGUCUCAAAAGAACCACGACGAAGUAUUGUCAUGCCAUCAGGGAUCAGAACGAAGCUAUUCGGUUGGACUUCUGCAGGGAAAUGAUUAAGAAGGGUGCUACUUUCUCCAAUUACGUGUUCACCGAUGAAUGCACUGUGCAAAGAUUCUGCGAGUUGGUCCGAGACAACGCCCCACCUCAUACGAGCCGAUAUACAGCUUCCAAAUUGAAAGAAUGGAAUGUCGAGACCGUUAGUUGGCCUCCAGAGUCUCCCGAUCUCAAUCCGAUCGAAAUUGUGUGGGGAACAAUGAAAAAUUUUGUAAGAAGUCUCACCCCCGAUGUCUGCGCGAACUUCAUUCGUGGGUUGCCGUCAAAGAUGGAACGGCAGAAGGGAAGAAACAUUGACGAGAGAAGAAGUCGUAAAAAGCUUCCGAAUAUUAGCAAGAACACAUGGAAAAUCAAUCAAUUCGUUGUUGAAAUGCAAAGAUGUCAGAGGGCGAUUGAGUGGGAGUCGCUGCAGCUCUUACGCGUGUGGUAUCUGGCGCCGUUUAUCGUUCACCAAAAGGCUAUUGAGUUCGUCAACAAGCUAUGGAGCAGUCGAAAGAGAAGGUGGAAUGAAGAUGCGCUAAUUGUGUACGAUCCG